AAUGAAAUGAUUCCAAAGGGGAUUAUUGCACUGAAGGCAGACAAUGGACACUUCUGGAGUGUUGUUGAUUGUUUUGACAGAAACAAUAUUGAAGCAGCGAUGUCUAGCCCUGACUCCAACUGCCAGUUUUUGGUGCUACCAGCAUCAAAUGGAAAGGUUUAUAUUAAGACUCCUCAGAACAAGUACCUUAGCCGUAUUCACUGUGGUGGCAUUGACUACAUACAGCCAGCUAAAGAUAAACCAGAUGUUUUCUGCGAGUUCCAGCUGCAUAGCCAGGAUGGUAAGAUGGUUUUCAUGGCCGACAAUGGCAAAUAUUUAAGUCGCAUUCACCGAGGUGGCACAGAUAAUAUUGAAGCUGCGAAAGGACAAAUCGAUGUGUUCUGCCAGUUUGACGUAGUUGAAUUUCAGAAUGGAGUUAUUCCAAAGGGGAUUAUUGCACUGAAGGCAGACAAUGGACAUUUCUGGAGUGUUGUUGAUUGUUCUGACAGAGACAAUAUUGAAGCAGCAACAUCCAUCCUUGACUCCAGCUGCCAAUUUUUGGUGCUUCCAUCUACAUAUGGAAAGGUUUAUAUUAGGACCCCUCAGAACAAGUACCUUAGUCGUAUCCAUCGCAGUGGCAUUGACUACAUAGAGCCAGCCAAAGAUGUGCCAGAUGUUUUCUGUGAGUUCCAGAUGCAUAACCAGGAUGGGAAAGUGUUUUUCAUAGCUGACAAUGGCAAAUAUUUAAGUCGCAUUCACCGAGGUGGCACAGAUAAUAUUGAAGCUGCGAAAGGACAAAUCGAUGUGUUCUGCCUCUUUCACAUAGUUGAAUUUCAGACCACAGUUAUUCCAGAGGGGAAUAUAGCACUGAAGGCAGACAAUGGACAUUUCUGGAGUGUUGUUGAUUAUUUUGACAGAGAGAAUAUUGAAGCAGCAACAUCCAUCCUUGACUCCAGCUGCCAGUUUUUGGUGCUUCCUUCUACAAGUGGAAAGGUUUAUAUUAAGACCCCUCAGAACAAGUACCUUAGUCGAAUUCAUCGCAGUGGCAUCGACUACAUAGAGCCAGCCAAAGAUGUACCAGAUGUUUUCUGCGAGUUCCAGUUGCGUGACCAGGAUGGGAAAGUGUUUUUCAUAGCUGACAAUGGGAAGUAUUUAAGUCGCAUUCACCGCAGUGGCAUAGACAACAUCGAAGCUUACAAAGAACAAAUCGAUCAAUACUGUCUAUUUGAACUGGUUGCAUUUCAGGUUGAGAAGAUUUCACAAGAGAUCCUUUCAUUCAAGGCAGAGAAUGGACAUUUCUGGAGUGUUGUUAAUUAUGGAGUCAGGAGCAACAUUGAAGCAGUAAAAUCCCGCCUUGACCAGUUCUGUCAAUUUCUGGUGAUUCCAGCUUCAAAUGGAAAAAUUUAUAUCAAGACUCCUCAUAACAAAUACCUUAGCCGUAUCCAUCGCAGUGGCAUUGACUACAUAGAGCCAGCCAAAGAUACAGCAGAUGUUUUUUGUGAGUUCCAGCUAUUUAUCCAGGAAGGGAGGAUGGUUCUUAUGGCUGACAAUGGCAAGUACUUAAGUCGCAUCCACAGGUCAGGCAAAGACAACAUUGAAGCAGCAAAAGAACAAAUUGAUGAGUUUUGUCUGUUUGAAGUGGUUGAAUUUAAGGUGGUUCCUUUUGGGAUAUUGGAACUUUUCAUAAAUAAUGGUGCUCCUGUUGCAUUCAAAACUGAUUUGGGACACUUCUGGAGUAUUGCUAAUGACUGGGGUUUACAGACUCUUGAAGCUAAAUUUUCGACUAUGACUCCCACUGCAAAAUUCUUUGUUGAAAAAGGCUCAUCAGGAAGGAUCCUUAUCAAAACUCCACAAAACAAGUACUUGAGCCACAGCCGCCGUCAGGGAAUUGAUUAUAUAGAAGCCAGUAAAGAUGCACCAGAUGUGUCCUGCGAAUUUAUAGUGAUCCAGUCCCACAAAAUGGCUCUUCAGGCUGACAAUGGCAGAUAUCUGAGUCGCAUCCGUUUUGGUAGCCGAGAUACUAUUGAGGCAGCAAAGCAAAAUAUUGAUGUCUUUUGUUACUUUGAUGUGGUCCCAUUCAGUGAUUAAUCAGCAUGAAAGAUUUGUUUCCUGACAUGGAUUUUUGGUGGAGAGGACUCUUGUUUCUUAGCUUAAAAGUCUUUACGGAGUUGUGUAUAUGUUCGAUUUCAUAGAAUAGCAUCUAAAAUACUUGACCUGUCUUGCUAAUCCCUUUACACUUAGGAGAUCCAUAAUGAAAACUUGUUGAUACUGCAGAUUGUGACUUGUAUUCAGGUACUUGUAAAGCAGAAGCUGCUUCAUUAAAAUGAUAUAUGGAGACUAAUAUCACUUCUAUGACAUUUGGACACCACUCUAUCAGUGAAUAUUCUAUGUAUUUGAAGUUAAUUUUUUAGCAGUAACAUGAUUACCACAUAAAUUCUUUUCUUUCACUUUUUAGUGUUAUGAGCACAGUCUGUCUUGCUACCACACAGUUUCUUUUUGAUGUUAGGGAUGCAGUCUUUGUCUCCUUCUCUUUAUCUUUACUCUCGCUCUCAUCUGUGAAAUUGACUGUUUACAACACAGACCUUACCUUGCUAAAAGUGUUGUUUGCUAUGCAGGCCAGCACACAGAUCAUUAAAAUUUGUAAAUCAA